UAUAAACUUAUCACAGUGAUUUGCAUUAGGGGAUUAAAAAGCCAAAUCCUUGUUUAAUUUUCCUUCAUGCACACAUACCUGAAGUAAGACGUGUCGGCAUCCACUGUACACUGAUCAUGGAGGUCAUAAAACCCAUCUUCACCUUCUGCAACCUGUUUGACAAGAUGAAGACCAAUAAAGAGAAUUGUCCCCACAUUUUGAGUAGACUUGAAGCGCUGCAGGAACUAGUGGCGUUCGUCCAACAGAAGGAGCAAUACCAACUCUCUGAGGAUGUGAGCAAAGCUCUGGAGAAACUUAACACCAUUCUGGAAUCAGCGAAGAAGGUGCUCGAAAAAUUCAACAACAUAAAUGUGAUGAUUCACAUGGUGAAAUCCAACAACUACAAAUUAGAGUUCGAGAACCUGAGCAAAAGUCUCACUGAUGCCUUUGUGACCCUCUCUGGGGCUCUGCAUGUCCACCAGGAGAAGAAGCUGGACAAGCUGGAGAGCAAACUGGUCAAACAGAAGAAUAAGAUGGCAGAGCAGGAGAGGAAGCUGGCGGAACAGGAAGACAAGUUAGCAGAGCAGGAGGAGUUACUGCAAAGAGUGGAAUCAAAGUUAGUGUAUGGAAGUAGAGGGUACUACUGUAUCCUGCAGUAAAGGAAUCUUACGGUGAAUUAAUCGCGCUACAUCACCUCCACCACUUGCUUGUCCUGGUGGCAAAGUUCAGAAGCCAAUGAAAAGCUUUCUUGUUAAUCAACCAAAUAUGUUCUCCAGUAUUUUGUGACAAUAAGAAUAAUUCUCAGUUUCUCGGCCUGAUUUGAACAAAAUUCAUUUUGUUGAACUUUAGAAGCCUGCUACGGCACAGCGCUGGAUGAGGCGUCACCUGAAUGAACAGAGGUGAACUUUUAUUGACAGCUGGAACAAAUAUGUCUGAAGGGUUAUUGUUUUAUUGGCAGCAUUCAUUAAACAGGAACACUGUAUAUUUUAUGAUGUCAAGAGGGCGCCAGAUAAAACAAGCUGCGUUCACAACAGUCUUGCUGCCCUGCUGAUGCUGAUAAUGACAAGUUCACUAAUUUUACCAUCAAGCACAUUAUUAAUGACAGAAUUGUGACCCUUGCAACUGCAGAUAUUGCUUUACAGUAAACAUGGUACUGUGUGGUUUUAUCUGUAGUUUGACAUCAGAGUUGUUUUUUUAAAUAUCUUUUUAUAACCCAGCAGGCUCCUUCUUUUCUUGCAUGUGUAGGCUUUCUGCUAUUUUACUUAAUAAUUGUGUGGUUCUUUAGUUUAGUAGUAAGUAUACUAUAUUAUACUUUGUCAUACUUGUUAAUAAUUGAUGAUUAAAUACUGAAAUCACUGUU